CUCCGAUUCUUCCGCACGGACCCGGAAGAGCUGGCGGAGGUGGACCCACUACUGCGGAAAGUCCUCCCCAUGGCCAAGAAGAUUGCCGGGGUCUACACACUGGACACCGUCAAGGCGGUGGCGACUUUGGGCGGUACGGCCGGGCAGCUGUCGAAUGGCCUGUGGCAAGCCAGGGGAGAUGAGUAUUCUCUGGAGAAGGCCGACUAUGGCUACAUGCUGAUGGUCCGGAAGCGCGUGACUGCAGCGCAGAUUGAGGAAUGGGCGGAGGAGAUCAGUUCCAUCAACGUGCGCGCGCGGGAGUCUGCCAUCGAGAAGCUUGAUGCCUCCUUCAUCGUCUUGACUCGGGCAGCCGAGGCUUCAGAAAGGCAGAAGGUGGCUGAUCCUGAAGCGGAGGUGCCGGCAGCUCACACCACCUUGAGUGGUUUGAUUGAUGAUUACUUCGGAGCUGUUGAGGAGCCAAGUGCAGUGGUGGCAGGAAGCGGCGAGGAGCGCCGUCGCCUCCUUUCUGCAGCUCUGGGGGCCGAGUACCGAAGCAAAGUAACACUGCAGGCUCGUCCCAUACUGCGCGUCUCAGCUCCCAGCAGACCGCAGCAGGACUCCACUCCGCGCCCGCAGAACGUAGCCUCAACUCCCGACCAGCUUCCGCAGACUGGCUUGGCGCCGCAAGCUCAACAUGGAAGUUCGCAGCUUCGAAGCGUCGCUGUGGUCACGGCUGUUACACGGCUCCUUCUAGAUCGCGCUUGGCCAAACCCUCAAUGUGAGGAGCUGGAUGCCCUGGUUCGUGUAGUCACGCAGUUCCUUUCCGGUGUUAGCUCUACACUUCUCCCGAGCAGCAAGUGGCGUGACCAUCGGCUGUGGGGUCACUUGCGUGGAAUGGGGGACUUUGCAUACCUGGAAGAACUGGUUCGAGACGCCGUGAUCAAGUUUCAGAAGAUCAAGAAGCCUCGCACUAUGUGA